CAACAAUAACCAAACGCUCACUGUCUUGACACCUGCGAUCUAACUACUAUCCUCCCAAGAUGGCAACAAAAGCACUAGAGGCUCGCUUCGAGCACCUCACAGUCAACGACGAGAAUGAAGCACCCACCAGUACCACGCUGAAGUCCAAGACAGCACCUACAGGCACCAUAGCCACUCUUCCUUCAAGUCAAGCCAGAGCAAACCUCGUUAAAUACGCUCUCCAAGCCACGAAUGAAUCGAGACAGAAUGCAGCUCAGGUCACAACGAUCACAACAACCACAACCGUGCCAACUCUCCCUCCUUCGCCAGUACGAAAGAUCGCACAACCGUCGCGCGCCUCCGAGGAGCAUAAUGAUAAACAGUCCGCAAACUUCUUCGACCAGCCACAAGCUCCCAAACAAUUCCACCUGGGCAUGUUUGAGAUUGGGAAGCCAUUGGGAAAGGGAAAGUUUGGUCGAGUAUAUCUUGCCAAAGAGAGGUCUUCUGGUUGGAUUUGCGCGCUGAAAGUCCUCCACAAAUCAGAACUGCAGCAGGGAAAAGUUGAGAAACAAGUCCGUCGAGAGAUUGAAAUACAAUCUAACCUGAGGCACCCCAACGUUCUGAGGUUGUACGGCCAUUUUCACGACAGCAAGAGAGUAUUCCUGAUCCUGGAAUUUGCGGGCAAAGGGGAGCUUUACAAGCAUCUUCGCAAAGAACAUAGGUUUCCAGAGUGGAAGGCGGCGCAGUACAUUGCUCAAAUGGCUGCGGCACUUAAAUACCUGCACAGCAAGCAUGUUAUGCAUCGAGAUAUAAAGCCUGAGAAUAUCCUGGUCGGAGUUCAUGGCGAGAUCAAAAUCUCAGACUUCGGUUGGUCAGUCCAUGCACCAAACAACCGGAGACAGACAAUGUGCGGCACCCUGGAUUAUCUCCCCCCGGAAAUGCUCAAGCCAGGCAGCUCCGACAACUUCUAUAACGAGAAAGUCGACCUUUGGAGCUUGGGGGUCCUCACCUAUGAGUUCCUGGUCGGAGAAGCGCCAUUUGAAGACACACCGAUCAUGACACAGCGCAGAAUCGCACGAGGCGACAUGACGGUGCCGAGCUUUGUGAGCGCGGAGGCGAAAGACCUGAUACACAGACUUCUUGUUCUUGAUCCCGAAAAGAGGAUAGCUCUUGACGAAGUCCUUCGACACCCCUGGAUCAUCAAACACUGCCUGACCAAGGGUGGUGAGAGAGGAGCGCAAAGAGCCUCUGGCAGCAGCAGAAGCAGCUCCGGAUCAUGACAGAAACCAGUAUACGAUUUUUUUGUUGUUGCUGUGUGGCGUCUUGACAAGGCUAUGGCGUAUUUAUUUUGGCGGCUUUGGUGGCAUAUGCGAGUAUUUGACCGCAACGAGAGAAUCUGAAAACGGCUUGAUGGGUUUCUGGAGCGAGGAGUUGCAAUGAUCAUCAAUACUAUGGUUCAUAGUCAUGAAGAGAAGACGUGUAGACAGAUCUUGUCCGGCCUUCUAAUAUUUUGAUUCCCUCAAAGUCGAUGAUUGGCAGUGUAUCUCAUCCGACUUCGGUACGACCAAUGAC